GGAUACAUUUAUGCCAUCAACAUCUUUCCCGUCUCACUUUUAACAAUUAGUUAUAUAUAACGUUAGAAAACCUAAAGAUGGAUUUUAACGUGAAGAGAUUCGCAGCGGAUGCUGGUACUUUAUUCAGCCGGGCGGUGCAAUUUACAGAAGAAAAAUUUGGUCAGGCUGAGAAGACGGAGUUAGACGCACAUUUGGAGAAUCUCCUCACCAGAGCCGAAUGCACCAAACACUGGACAGAGAAGAUUUUAAAGCAGACAGAAGUAUUACUGCAACCAAACCCAAAUGUCAGAAUAGAAGAGUUUUUCUAUGAAAAACUGGAAAAGAAAGCCCCAACACGAAUGAACAACCAUGAACUUUUGGGUCAAUGCAUGAUCGACUCUGGGAAUGAAUUUGGACCUGGGACAGCCUAUGGAAAUGCUCUGACAAAGUGCGGUGAAACAGAGAUGCAGAUCGGAGGAGCCGAGCGAGAGUUUAUACAGAGCUCAGCCAUCAAUUUCCUCACGCCUUUCCGCAACUUUCUAGAGGGCGACUUUAAAACUAUAUUGAAGGAACGCAAGCUUCUUCAAAACAAACGAUUGGAUCUUGAUGCUGCAAAGACUAAACUAAAGAAAGCCAGAAUGACUGAUGCCAGAGCUUUGGCAGAGCAAGAUCUGAAGAUGACACAGAGUGAGUUUGACAGACAGGCCGAGAUCACCAGACUUCUUCUGGAUGGGGUCAGCAGCACACAUGCCCAUCAUCUUCGCUGUCUGAACGACUUUGUGGAGGCGCAGAUGACCUAUUACGCCCAGUGUUACCAGUACAUGGUAGAUCUCCAGAAGCAGCUGGGAAACUUCCCCUCAGCUUUCUCCUCCAACAACAACCAAUCAGCAGCCUCCGGUGGGGCAAGUGUCUCAGUCCCCAUACUGCCUUUGUCAGGAUCUCUUCCUUCCAGUGCAGGCAACACAUCUUCAGGUUUCACCGAGCUCCAGAACUUCAGCGGGAGCCGUAAGGCACGGGUGCUUUAUGAUUACGAUGCCGCGAGCAGCAACGAACUCUCCUUAUUGGCCGACGAGGUAAUCACAGUUAGCAGUGUUCCAGGAAUGGACUCUGACUGGCUGAUGGGAGAGCGUGGGACUCAGAAAGGAAAAGUGCCUAUUACCUACCUGGAACUACUAAAUUAAGAGAAAUGAGUGGCAUUGGAUCCAAAACUAAAAGUAUAAUCCAGCUGUGCUGUGUAUAUAUUUAAGAUAUACCAUACACUCCAUACACAAAUAAAGGUGCUUCAAGAUGUCUGAGAAGAACCAUUUUUGGCUAAAUGGUUCCAUUAAGAAACUUUAACAUUAGAAGAACCGUAAUGAUUAUAAAUGUUUUUUUAUUAUUAUUAAAACAUAUGAAAGAAAUGGUUGUUUGAGGAACCAAAAAUGGUUCUUCUAUGGCAUCGCUGUGAAGAACCUUGUGUAUUAAUAUAUGACGUGCUGCUCACAACAGUAUUUCAAUGGGUCUGACUUUGAGGUUUUAACCAGAGGCCUGUUUACAGAGAAAUUACUGCAACAUUUUUGUAUGUGUUGUAAUAACUGCCAACUUGCCGCCUUAUUAUGCAAAAACUGCAAGAGUGAAAGUAUUUACAACAAAAGUGUGUUUACAACAAAAUAAGUAUUAGCACAAUUGCUAUUAGCACAAUUUUAUGAAUUUUAAAGUGGUUUUAAGUGGAAGUACUUUAGACUUGAGAUUGAAACUGAAUUUGCCAUAAUUUAUUUCAGGGUUAUAUAGACCUAGUGUAGCUGAAAUACCUGAACAUUUGUUUUUUACUAUUUGCAGUUUACAUCUCUCUUAAUUGUGUUUUGAGCACACAAAGAUAAAAUGCUUUAUUUGCACGCCGACAGCCUUUUCUGUUACACAUUAUAAAACCGUAUUUUGUAUUGAUUAAACAUGCAGAAAAGUGAUCUGACACAUUGUCACAUACAAGUAUGACGUUUCUAUAUAGUUAAGAAUAGAUGAUGAAGUUGUUUGAUAGAUAAAAUGUAUUUGUUUCUAUAUAAAGUCUAAAUGUGUUUACUGAUAACUGUACCUUUUGUAUACUUUAUGUGCCUUACAGUCAUGUUUAGGUUAAUUAAUUUUAAAUGGUUGAGUCGAGUGCUCUUUUUACACAAAGCCAGUUCCAUCAUUUAUAUGAAAGAAGCACAACUUUAUAUUGUAACCGGUUUAUAAUGGACAAAGUACAGGUAAUCUAUUUUAAAUGCUUAAUGUCUCUUAAAAUACUACCAUAGAUUUAUAAGCAAUGUUUUCACUAUACUGUAUAAUAAAGAAAAGGUGUUGACUUUA